AUGGCUCUGUUCUCUAGAGAGCCACAAACAUCUCAAGAAGCAGCACAAGAAGAAACAUGGAUCGAGGCAAUGAACGAAGAAAUUAAAAUGAUCGAGAAGAAUCACACACGGGAGCUUGUAGACAAGCCAAGAGACAAGGAAGUCAUCGGACUCAAGUGGGUCUACAAGGUGAAUCAUAAUGAUAAUGGCUCCAUCAAUAAGUACAAAGCAAGACUCGUUGCAAAAGGAUAUGCACAACAACGGGGAAUCGACUUCAACGAAACAUAUGCACUAGUUGUCCGCAUGGAGACAAUCAAAACAGUCUUAGCACUAGCAGCACAACAUCAACGACCACACCUCGAGCGUGGAACACCAAUAUCUUCUCCAGCAUGGUUUCAUCAAGAGUCCGAGUGA